AUGGACGACCUUUACGAUGAGUUCGGUAACUUUAUCGGCGAGCCCGAAGACUCGGACAUCGAACAGGAGCAGGAUGUCGAUGCCAAUGACUAUCUCUACGACCAGGACGAGCCGGAUGAGGUUACUGCUGCUCAUGACCAGCAGUUGAUGGAAGUCGACGAUGAAGGUCCCUCAAAUGCCGUCGUUCUUCACGAGGACAAGCAAUACUACCCUACUGCGCAACAGGUUUACGGUCAGGAUGUCGAGACUAUGGUUCAAGAGGAGGAUACACAGGCCCUGUCACAGCCAAUUAUCGCUCCUGUCGUUCAAAAGAAGUUUACUGUCGAAGAGGCCGACCUGCCUCCUGUUUUCUUCAGCCGCGAUUUCAUGACCGACUUGAUGAACUUUCCCGAUCAAAUCCGCAAUGUCGCCCUUGCUGGCCACCUUCACCAUGGUAAAACGGCUUUCAUGGACAUGCUCGUUAUGCAAACACACAAUAUUCAAGAGAAACUUGAUCAAAGGAAGGGCCGCGAUCGAGAAGAGCAACUGAGAUAUACCGACACCCAUAUUCUGGAGCGCGAAAGAGGUGUGUCGAUCAAGACUGGUCCCAUGAGUCUGGUCCUGCCUGCUACAAAAGGAAAGUCACACUUGAUCAACAUGCUGGAUACUCCUGGUCACGUCAAUUUCGCCGAUGAGGUUGCUGCUUCUCUACGCCUGGUUGAUGGUGUUGUCUUGAUUGUCGACGUUGUUGAGGGUGUCCAAGUACAAACCGAAAUGGUCAUCAAGCACGCUGUCUUGAACCACCUACCACUGGUCCUGGUCAUCAACAAGAUGGACCGCCUGAUUCUGGAGCUCAAGCUGCCCCCUGCUGAUGCUUACUUCAAGCUCAAGCAUGUCGUGGAGGAGGUCAACACUGUCAUUGAAAACACCAUUCCCGGUCAAGGCGAGAAGUACCGUGUCAGUCCCGAAAAGGGCAACGUUGCUUUUGCUUGUAGCAUGAUGGGCUGGUGCUUCACUCUUCCAUCUUUCGCCCACAUGUACGCCGAGACAUAUGCCGGCAGUGGUCUGGAUGUGCCCGAGUUCAGCAAGAGACUUUGGGGCGACAUUUACUUCAACCCUGGAAGUCGUAAAUUCACCCGUCGUGGAACUGAACCAGCCAGCAAACGCUCUUUCGUCAACUUCGUCCUCGAACCCAUCUACAAGCUCUACUCACACACCAUCAGCGAAAGCCCCGAAGAUCUCAAAAAGACACUGGAAAGUUUGGGCAUUCAUCUCAAGCCCACACAACUUCGCGCAAACGCCAAGGAUCUUCUGAAGAUGGCAUGCGAGCAGUUCUUUGGUCCUGCAACCGGUUUUGUGGAUAUGGUCGUUGACCACGUCCCAUCACCUGUAGAGGGAGCUAAGCAGAAGCUUGAAAACUACUACACUGGUCCUACCGAUACUAAGACAGCCGAAAGCAUGCUUUCUUGCGACCAGGAUGGUCCCCUCAUCGUCCAUGUUACGAAGCUGUUCAAUACUACUGAUGCAACUGGAUUCAACUCAUUUGGUCGCGUCAUGAGUGGUACAGCACGCCCUGGUCAAAAAGUGCGUGUACUCGGUGAGGGAUACACGAUCGAGGAUGAGGAAGAUAUGGUGGAAGCUACUAUUUCUGAUGUCUGGAUUGGCGAAUCGCGAUACAACAUUCCUACCAGCGGCGUUCCUGCUGGUAACUUCGUUCUUCUUGGAGGCGUCGACAAUUCAAUCGUCAAGACUGCUACCAUUGUCGCGCCUAAGCUUCCAGAAGAUGAGGACGCCUAUAUUUUCCGUCCUGUGCAACACUUCUUCGAGUCUGUCUUCAAGGUGGCUGUCGAGCCUAUCAACCCAUCUGAGCUUCCCAAGAUGCUUGACGGUCUCCGCAAAAUCAACAAAUCAUAUCCUCUCAUUACUACCAAGGUGGAAGAGUCGGGUGAGCACGUUGUUUUGGGAACUGGUGAGCUUUACAUGGACUGUGUUUUGCACGACCUGCGCCGAUUAUACGCCUCCAUGGAGAUCAAGGUCUCCGACCCUGUCACACGUUUCUGCGAAACGGUGGUAGAGACAUCAGCCAUCAAGUGUUACGCACUAACACCAAACAAGAAGAACAAACUCACAAUGGUUGCCGAACCUCUUGAUGAAGGCAUUGCCGAGGACAUUGAGAGUGGGAAGGUCAACAUCAGAGAUCCAGUGCGCAAGGUCGGCAAGUUCUUCGAAGAGAACUACGGUUAUGAUCUGCUAGCCUCGCGCAACAUUUGGGCCUUUGGUCCUGACGACAUGGGACCUAACAUUCUACAAAACGACACAUUACCGUCAGACGUGGAUCAAAAACUUCUCAAGGGUGUCCGAGACACAAUUCGUCAAGGCUUCUCAUGGGGAACUCGCGAAGGACCUCUCUGUGAAGAGCCAAUUCGCAAUACCAAAUUCAAGAUCACAGACGUCAGUCUCGCACCAGAGGCAAUUUACCGUGGUGGUGGUCAAAUCAUUCCCACAGCUCGUCGCGCAUGCUACAGCAGUUUCCUGAUGGCAAGCCCGCGACUAAUGGAGCCGGUAUACAGCUGCUCCAUGAUCGGCAAUGCAGACAGUGUGAGCAGUCUGUACACAGUCCUCGCCAGACGCAGAGGUCACGUCCUCUCUGACGGCCCAAUUGCCGGCACACCACUCUACAAAGUGUCAGGUCUCAUUCCUGUAAUAGACUCGUUCGGUUUCGAAACCGACCUUCGCAUCCACACUCAAGGACAAGCCACAUUAUCACUUGUCUUUGACCGCUGGAGCAUUGUACCUGGUGACCCACUGGACAAGAGCAUCAAGUUGAGACCGCUGGAGCCUGCUUCUGCACAAGCCACUGCUCGUGACUUUGUGCUCAAGACACGUAGGAGGAAGGGCCUGGCUGAAGAUGUUACGAUUAGCAAGUUCCUUGAACCUGAGUUGUUCAGGAGUCUGAAGGAGAGUGGUAUCUUGGAUCAACCGGCGUAA